UCUAACAGGAGGAAACGGGACUGGCAGCGGGCGGGACCCCGGUAACGGGACUGGCAGCGGGCGACCCAGAUUCAAGAUGACCAGUGAAUUAAAUGUAUGCAGUCACGUGAAGGUGGUGGUUCGAGUCCGUCCUGAAAAUGAGAGAGAAAAACAAGGGAAUUUCAACACCGUUGUCCAAGUGGUGGAUAAUCACAUGUUGGUGUUUGACCCCAAAGUAGACGAGGUGAACUUUUUCCAAGGCCGACGUAUUGCAAACAGAGAUAUCACCAAAAAGAAAAACAAGGAUGUUAAAUUUGUGUUUGAUCGGGUUUUUGGUGAAUACUCCACUCAGGAUGAAGUAUUUGAACAUACGACCAAAUUUGUUCUUGAUGGUGUACUAAAUGGAUAUAACUGCACAGUUCUGGCCUACGGAGCCACAGGAGCUGGGAAGACGCACACGAUGCUUGGCACUGCUGGUCAGCCUGGAGUCAUGUACCUUACAAUGAUGGAUUUGUACAAUCGGAUUGAAAUUGUGAAAGAAGAAAAGCUGUGUGAUGUUGCUCUUUCCUACCUAGAGGUGUACAAUGAACAAAUUCGUGAUCUUCUGGCAAAUUCUGGACCCUUAGCUGUACGAGAAGAUGCUCAGAAAGGGGUUGUUGUGCAAGGAUUAACACUGCAUCAGCCAAAGUCAGCGGAGGAAAUCCUUCAGUUGCUGGAUUAUGGGAACAAAAAUAGGAGUCAGCAUCCAACAGAUGUUAAUGCAUCCUCGUCACGAUCACAUGCUGUCUUACAGAUUUACUUAAGGCAGCAAGACAAAACCGCAAGCAUAAAUCAAAAUGUUCGGUUAGCCAAAAUGUCUUUAAUCGAUUUGGCCGGUUCAGAACGAGCCAGUGCUACAAACGCCAAGGGUGCACGUUUGCGUGAAGGUACGAACAUCAAUCGCUCAUUGUUGGCUCUUGGAAACGUCAUCAAUGCUCUAACAGAUCCAAAGACAAAGAAGCAGCAUAUCCCAUACCGAAAUAGCAAACUUACCCGUCUGCUGAAGGAUUCAUUGGGAGGAAAUUGUCGCACAAUCAUGAUUGCAGCUGUUAGUCCAUCAUCCUUGUCCUAUGAAGAUACCUACAAUACUCUGAAAUAUGCCAACCGGGCCAAAGACAUCAAAUCGGCAGUAAAGAGUAACGUUGUAAGUUUGGACAGUCACAUUAGUCAAUAUGCCAAGAUCUGUGAGGAACAAAAGAAAGAGAUUGCAAUGCUAAAAGAAAAACUAAAGGCCUACGAAGAGCAAAAAAUGCUUGUUUCUGAUCAACCGAAUGGGUUACGUCAAUCAAGUCAAGAACAGACUGAAAUUAAAAGAUAUCAAGAAGGCCUCAAGUCAAUUUUCAAAAACCGAGAGGACAUAAGAGCAGAUUAUCUUAACCAAGAAAUGCGCUCGAAAGAAAAUGAGCUUAAAACUUUCUACCAACGGCAGCAUCUCGAACAAAUUCAAAUGAUUUCCUCCCAAGAGAAGGUGGUGAAGGCAACUGGUAAGAGAGAUCACCGACUAGAGGUGCUCAAAAAUCAAAGUGUACUCAUUCAGAAGAAAAAGGAGGAGGAGAUAAAGCGCUUUGAAGAAAAUACGAACUGGCUUCAUCGCAUUGAAAACGAAAUGCGCUUGUUAGGGCACGAAAACAAGAUGCCAGAGGAGCUGGGCAGGGAUUUGCAAUGCUGCCACUUAAAGUUAGAGGUAAAGGAUUUAAAAGCACAGAUUGAACACAUGACUCGACUCAUGACCCUCCAUGAACGAGAAAACAGAUAUAAUGAAAAGCUUUUAAAUGCUUUAUUGCCGAAUUUCAGAAAACAAUAUUUACUGUUAAAACAGGAGGGGCUUGCAAAUAUUGCUGUAGAGACAGAUUUUGUUGAAAUUGAGCACCUUGUCAGCCGAGAGAAAGCCGUUGUAUGGGCAGACCAGAGUAUUCUUGAAGAUCCUAACAAGCUUGACGGUCCCGAGUUAGCCUCAAUUGUAUCAUUCCCACAUCUGAUAAGCAAUCAAACAACUCCAUGCCGAGGAGAGAAAUGCGCACAGCAAUUGCAGUUAGAAGGCAGAAAAGCACAAACUGAAAGCACUAGGACAGUUGUCAAAGCAACUAUUGCAGAGAAAACUUUAACUAAUGACCUGCCCUCAGAGUUUGAAAAAACCCUCCCCCUUCAACCGUCAGACAAUGUUAUUCCACCUAAAAAGACCAGGAGAAAGUUAAUGCCAUCACCAUUGUGUCAGGAAAAUGUUGACUCUCGCUUUUCGAAGAAGAAUCAGCACGACGAUUCAGUCCUUGGUGAUCUAGCUCCUAUUGUGUACACUCCAGAAAGUUGUAAUAGGACCAUAAAUCUUCCCAAGGAAGGAGCAAACGUUCCAUGCUUGCAAGAAAAGAACCUAAACCUAACACAUUUCACCACCAAAGACCAAGUGAUCCCGACAAAGCAAGUGGCAAAAGUCUCAUGUUUACAAGAAAAGGGGGAAAAUGCCACCAGUUUUAUGGCCCAUGACAAGGGAAAGCAGAACUUUGGUUUUACCUUCCGCAUGACAACGGGGGUUGAAAAAGCCGAUAUGAACUCAACAGUAAUUCUCUCUGAAGACAACAAUGACAUUAAUUGUGAUUUGCAAAGGACUGCACUUCCGUCAUUGCAGAGUAAAAAUCUUGGAAAACUAAACGAGAAGCCGUCCUAUAUGGCAAUGACUUCAGCCGCUGAAAGAAAAAGAAAGCUAUUAAGUCUUGCAGGAAAUAGCGCAAUAAAAGAGGAUAACCCACUCCUACCCACUGCCAAACGGGUAAAGCAGGAUAUCCCCUUUGAGUGUAAAGCCUUGAGAGUUCGGAAACUAGAAGGGGGUCUAAAAAACAAGGACAGUGGUGCACAACGACGGCUGCCGCGCAGUAUUUCAGACGGAAACCUGCCGUUUGGUGCUAAAAAGAAACCUUUCUCUUUUCUGGGAUCAACUUAUGCCUUUCGCCAAAACGCAAAGAAAAAAUAAAGUUGAUAUCCUCCCAAUAUGUGAUCUAUACUUUUUAAGAUACAUCUGCAAACCAUGCAUUUGCUCCAUGUAGUUUCAGAUCAUUUAGAAGAACACCGUGGACAGCAUUUAUAAAGUCAAGGAAAGUAAACGAAGAAAUGAGAAAGAAUUGCUAAAAUUGUUCCAGUUCCUAAUGUCCUGCAGUUUGGAAUAUUGUUUACAGCAGUGCUGUACUUUGGCUAUUGUAUUUCCAUAUUACAGACUGGCUUACGUUUCUGGCACUACAGCUGUUGUGGUUUUGGUCUAGCAUGAUGCUUAGUUAAUACCUUCUGUAUCGUAGUGAUGCAUAACCCAGGGGUCGCUUGAGUACAGGGUCAGUCAAACAUUGUACCCAACCGCAUUUAUUAAUAUUUGAGGUGCAAACUAUCAGAUAUUUAUUUAAAUCCUGGCAUGUCAGUGCUCCAAAUAUGACUCCAAUAACAUGGGAUAAAAUGGAGUAUUGUUUCUUUAAAUCCGUGUUAGCCUGUAGGUAGCCCUCCUGCUCCAACUACACCUGUCAGCCCGCCGGAGGACUGCAUGUUGGCAUAUUAUGUCCUAAAGCAAUAUCGUUUGCCAGUCUGCAUCCAUUUGCAGUUAUGCCAUGUGUACCCAAUGUUUGCGCACUCCUUAAUAUUCCUGCCAGUUCAUGUGGGGCUUCAUUGGAAUAGUGAGCUUUCUAUUUUUAUUAAUGGGUUUUAAGUAAAGGGAAGAUGCCUUUAUGUUUCCUAUAUUCUGAGUAUAUCUCAAGGCUUGGUAGUACCUUUAGUUAAUACUACGCCAACCCCCUUGUCCGUAUUGCAAACACUGGGAGCCAUGUUUGCUAUGAGCUGGAGCAACACGAAAGCUGUCUUUGUGACCGUCCAUUACUUGAAUAAGAUACAGAAACCUGCCUCGAUGCAAACAUUUCGUGGAAUCAUUGACUUAAAUUCUUUCAGAAGCACCAAACACGUUAAUUCUUGUAUCAAGAAGUGUACUGUUAGCAGAUAUUUUACCAUGAUGGCAUUAAAGCCAAAAUCAUAGCACCCAAUCCUGGUGUACUUGAGAUUUUAAUCAUUUUUGUUCUAGUUUGUUUUUCUUGAAAUCCUGAGUUUUGUGUGUUUUAGUUUUAGUUGAGUGCAUUUUUCUUUCCAUUCACUGAAAUUGCAUUGUUUCUUUAGACACAGACUACUCAUUCAAUCUUUUAUUGGCAGACAGGACUUCCCCACACAUUGCGGUAAGGCAGAAAGCAUUAGCUGAGCAGCUGCAGACCCAAGCACCAAGUUUAUAAAAAAAAAUCUACAACUUUAAGAGUUUCCUGUAAGCUAUGGUUUCUCCUAAUGGUUUCUGUGAAUGAUCAUUAUGAAUGAUAUUUUAUUUUUACAUUGUAAAUAUUUGUUUCCUGUGUUAUUAAUAUUUUUCAUGUGUCUGUAAAUGUAUAAAG